AUGGCGCUGGCCUUUCUGAAUCCACUCGGCUUUGCCUUGUUCCGACUCCUCACCUCGCAGCCAGGCGAGAACGUCCUCGUCUCUCCGACAUCCAUCUCGGGAUGCCUGUCCAUGGUCGCAGCUGGAUCUACAGAGGGCUCUGCCACGGAACAGGAGCUGGCGACCUUGCUAAACGGUCUCCUGCCAGGCUUGCCUGCAGACAGCGCGGUGGAAAUGAACAACUCCGCCUGGGUUCGCAUGAUGGUUCGGCCAGACUUCGUAGAGGCCGUUCAGAGAAACUUCCGCGCGGAGGCCCACGAGCUUCGAAGCACGGAUCCGCAGCCCAUCAACGCGUGGGUAAAGGAGAAGAGUCUGGGACGCAUCCCAAGUCUCUUCGACAAACCCUUGGAUCCCUACGCUGUGAUGGUGCUCGUCAACACGGUCUUCUUCAGGGGCUCUUGGGCCUCACUCUUUGAUCCGACGCUUACCCAGAAGGCACAGUUCAAGGGCUUCUCGUCGCUCCUUCCCUGCGACAUGAUGUACAAGCAUGACAAGAGCAUGCUCUUCCUGGAUCAUGAGAGCUUCCAGGCUGUGCGACUUCCUUACAGCGACGAGAAGACAUGGGCAACCAUCAUUCUUCCGAAAGGCCAGGGCAGACAGGCCUUGUCCGAUGUGGCAACUUCCCUGGAAGAGGUCUGGGAGUCCCUGGACGUCCGCCUGCGCGAGCGGCGCGCGGAGGUGGAGUUGCGGCUGCCGCGCUUUCGCCUCAGCGCUGGGGGGUCGAUAAAGGCUGUUCUUCGAGAGCUUGGCCUCAAGGAGGCUUUCGAGCCCCAGGGCGGCUUUCUGAAAAUCUCCGAGGAUCCCCGCGUCCAUCUCGGCGAGGUCAUGCACAAGGCAACGCUGGAAGUCAAUGAGGAAGGUACCCUUGCAGUUGCGGCAACCGGCGCCGAGAUGCGAUCCAAAUCGAUUCCAAAACCCCCAGUGCCAAUGACGGUGGACCGGCCCUUUCUCUUUGUGCUGAGCGACAACUCCGGUGCAAUUCAUUUCCUGGGGCAGGUUGUGGCACCGGAGCUGACUGGGCUUCAGGCCACGCUGAGCGGCUGA